CAGAUCUGUCCGGCAUUGAAAACGCACCUUAAUGAUUUAAACAAACAGCUAUGGUGUUACACAUUAAAAGCCGAAGUAAGUGAAUAUGCUGAGAUUGACUACUCUCUGAUGUCUGUUGACAUCUCUGCUAACAACAUUGAGAUGGGAUUAAAGGGUGUAUUCAACAACACUCAACAGCACAUAGAACCCCCCCUCUCUCCUCCCCCAGCUUUCUCAUUGGCUUCCCAGAGAACCAACAUGUUCUACAUUGCAGUAUCUGCUUUCACCAUCAACUCAGCAUUCAUGGUGCUCCACAAAACUAAUGUGUCUAACAUCAGAAUCACUGAUGACAUGGUGCCUUCUGUUUCUCCAAUUCGUCUCAGCACCACAACAUUUGGAGCAUUCAUUCCUCAAAUUUCUGAAACACACCCUGAUCUGAAGCUGGAUCUGAAGGUCAAGACAGUGAAGGAGCCCAUCAUUAAAUUUGAACAAGAUCAUGUGAUUCUUCAGCUCCUGAGUACAGUGACAGCUUAUGAUGUCCAAUCUGACGACAUACCGCAUAAACUCUUUGUCCUCGAUCUGGAAAGCGUUGCCAGUGUUCAAAUGUCUGUAGAAAAGGGUGAUCUGGUAUUCGAUUUAACCCUUGAGAAGUGAGUAUUUGUGAAGUGUGAUAAGCAUCUCAAAAAGACAAUAAUGGUAACUCUAUAUUCUCUUGAACAGAAUUGAAGGGAGUAUGAACGGCAAACCAUUAAAGGUACGAGUCAAAAGGAAGUUAUUAUUAAAAGUGUGUUUAAAAAUAAAUACUAAUAAAUAAAUAAAAUCAAGUCUCACCUGAACAAUAAUUCUAAUCAGCAGUUCAAAAAAAACAAUUUCCUGACCGUGAUCAUGCACGACAUUGUGUUUCCCAUUAUUAAAGGUAAGAGUUUUUUGCUAUAACGAAUGAUGAUGUAGUUUCAGAAGAUGAGCAUGUUAUUAACUCAUAAUCUCAU